CCUGGAACUAUCUAUUAUCCACUUUCGGUGACUAUUAGUGAUUUUCUUCGUGUGUAAAGAAAGCAGGACUGAGGUGGAGACGAAGUGUCUCCCAGGUUCCUUCGUUCUCCUUCCAUCCCUCCACCUUCUCGUUUCCCUAUCUUUCUCACCCUUAGUACCUCUCAAACCAUGAUAAGUCAACAAGUCGGACUCGUUCUCUCCUUCCUACUAUUCCUCCAAACUGCAGCGUUCACCCUUACGCCCCCAUCCAGCGUCUACGUCGCCGACCAAUUUCAGGUGAACUGGACUUGGCUUACAAGCGAACCAACGAGCGUCGUCGUCGUCUUAAACGACGUUUCCAAGGCUUCAGACUGUCCGACGGAUACGAGUAAACGAGAGGGAUCAUACGUGAUUUUGGAUCUGGUUAACCGGGCAGGAAGUUUGGGAUUCUAUGUCAAGAAUGAGGCAACGUAUCAAACUUGCGCGUUCUCGUAUACGCCAAACGCAGUUGCCCCCGUUACUGCCGUACAAUCCCUCCUAGCGAAAUCAAACACCUUCAAGAGCACCGUUUUUGGUACCACCGUCACGGUUCAACCCACUUCCACAGCCACUCUCCCUCCUCCCCCAAAUAGCGCCAACGUCACCGAGACAGCGAGUAUAGCAGGCCCAGUACUCGGAGGAGUUAUCGGCGGCAUCGUAUUCCUCAUCCUCGUCAUCUGGCUCAUCUUCUUCAAAAUGAGAAAGAAAUACCAAUUUAUUCGUCUACCGCCCGACGAUCACUCGGGAACUCCCUCCUCGGAUCCACUCCUCAUGAAUACUGUGACUCCGACGGUCCCAGACAGCAUUGGACACAUCCACCCAGGCGUAUCUCCCUUCCCUCAAUCAACCAUGUCCGGAUCCACCUCAGUAACUGAUUUGUCACCGCCGACUACGGCAAGUUUGAAAGGGAGAUUCCGGGAAAAAUUGGAAGGAUCUGGGAGUACAGGUGCGAGCGGGAGUGCGGCUGCCCCUGGGACGAAUUCUAGAUCGGGAACACCGGUACAGGCUCUUCGAGGUCAAGGAUACGGGCACAAGAGUCGACCAUCAACAGAUACGAGAGAUGGGAGUGGAACCGGAACUGGGAGCGGUCAUGCUUCCGAUGCCGUGAUUAUGUCUACACCGGUUCGGGAGGGUAAAAGUCGUGCGGUUUUGAACCGGUAGCCGUUAAGUGCGCAAAUCACCGACGGACUUUAUGCUUCUUAAUUUUGGGUACUCUAAUCUAUCAGUGGAAUGGAAGUAAUUAUGCGUCACGAAAGGAAGAAUGUAAAUACUACUAGCAGAUGAUACACAGGCAAGCUGCGUGGGGUGCCGCGAUGCUGAGAAGCCAUACACCCG